UAUAUUGUUUUUAAUUUUCAAAAGACAUUUCAUGAAAACUUUAAUUAAUUAAUGUUAUAUAUAUUUUAUUGCAGUGUUGUAUUAUAUUGUAAUAUCUUACUAUGUCAUUACUAUUAUUUACUGUUGUAUCACAAUAUUCAAAGUUCCGCAAUUGACUAAAUUGUCUGCUGUUAAAAUAAAUCAGUGUUCAUGAGCAUCAUUUAUAUUACUUACGUCACUGAUAAUGAUGAAAUAGAGACUAACUGUUUAUUCGAUAAAUUUAUAAAUACUGUUGCUAAGUAACUUCUUUCAUCAUUAAUGAAUGGUAACACUCCGUGUUUCAGUUAUAUUCACACAUAUUAAAUAAAUUUUGUGUAUGUACUCGAAAAAGCAAAAUAUCUUUUUUUUUAACUAUCAAGCAUAUUGAAUAUUUGUAAUAAUAGUUAAAAAUAUAUGAUUGAAAUAAAUCUUUAUUAAAAUGGUAAAUGAAAAGGAAUUUUGGAAUAAAAUUUGUGGAAAUAUACCACGAUACAAAAAAAAAAAAUUUAGAGUGGUUCCUGCUUUUACCAUACAAGCAAUGCAGGAUAACACAGUAGUUGCUGACCCACCACGAAUUGAAAUAUAUAAAUGGCAUCGCCCAAAACCAUCUCAAUUUCGAAAAUAUUAUGAACGUGGCGUAUUUCCUAUUUCAUUAGAAAAUGAUGCUUCUGGGUUAAAAAUUAAUUGGAAAGAAGAUAUAUCAAGUCUAGAUUUUCAUUAUUAUUUACCUCUGUUCUUUGAUGGUUUGAUAGAAGAAGAACAACCUUAUAAACAAAUAGUAGAACAAUGUAUCUCCGAUAUGUUAGAUCACGGAGGAUCAAAAAUACUACCUGUUCUUCCAAAACUGAUUAUUCCUAUUAAAAGUAUAAUUUUAUCUUCAAAUGCUUUAAAUACAAAAAUACCAAAAAUAAUGUGCUCUACAAUGAGAGUACUUCAGCAUUUAGUACGUUCUGCUGAUGAUAUUGGCGAAGCAUUAAUCCCGUAUUUUAGACAAAUUCUUCCAAUUUUAAACUUACUUAAAAAUAGAAAUGUCAACCUUGGUGAAGGAAUUGAUUAUUCUCAACAAAGAGGUGAAAACACAGCAGAUAUAAUACAAGAAACACUUGAAGUUUUAGAAAUGUAUGGUGGAGAAGAUGCAUUUAUAAACAUUAAAUACAUGGUUCCCACUUAUGAGUCAUGUGUUAUGAACUAAUAUAUCAAAUAAUUUUAUUUAAUCAAGUGUUACUGACAAAACAAAAUAAUA